AUGAAACUUGUAGUACCUGGAAUGCAGUUCCUGACGUCCCAACUAAUCAUCACAAGCCUAUACACAGUAGCCGUAUCAAACGCGUAUGAGCCCACGGGGAUACGUGACCCUCCAAGCCAGCCAGGGAGUGGCGCGUCCGAUACGGGGACGAGUCGUCGCGUCGUCCCUUGUUCGUACGAGGUCGUCCUGAGCGACGACCUGACCCAUGCGGCAGUGGAGGUCGUUCAGUCGCUGUCGCUCCGCGAGUUCUAUGUCGUCUUCGAGGAUAGAAUAGACGCGUGCCUCCUGCGAGGACUGUGGAACAAGGGACUGGGACUGAAAACAGUGACUGUGUCCCACUGGUGGAACGUCGUGGGGAAGAUUUCCUAUCAGCAAGCGACGCAGCACCUGCUAAUUGGCUCUCUAACCUGGAUUACCGAGACCCUUGUCAAGAUCUUCGUCCCACAGAGGACGCAGUGGCUCUGGGUUGUCACGGGAACAGAUCGAGAGAUUCCGACGGGAAUUCCGGCGGGAAUAUCAACCCCGGAUCCCCCCACACCAUCACGUCUUCCUCCGAGGGUGGGAGGGCCCUCCACCAACGCCUCUGGAACCUCGUUCCAGUCCGCCUCUUUCCAGCGGGUUGCCGAAGAGAUCACGGCCGUCCUCGGGGACGUGUUCAACGGGGUCGUUCUCGUCGAGGAGAGGAGGCGGAAAACUGUUAGCGAGACUGCUACUUCAUCUUCUUCAUGGGUGGCAGUUGGCGCCGUCGAUUUGGCAGACCCCAGCUGGCGCCGGAUUUCUCUUGCUGCCAUCUGGGCCGCCGGGGCCCGGGCCGGAAGCGAGCCGAGGACGUCCAGGGCCCUGUGGCCGGAACCGGUGUUCGAUUUCCAGGGGCAGGAAGUCAGGAUCUCCUGUCUCCAGGUUGAAAAAGCGGCGGUGUUCGAGUUCGACGAAGACAAGCUCGUCCUGUCCGCCGCCCGCGGGUACUUGGCCGAGGUCAUCCAAAUCAUGAUGAGUAGGCUCAACCUGACGGGGGCUCUGCUCCCUACCGACGGAGGGGGCUCCCUUCUGAACGACGGCACCUGGAGUGGUAUCGUCGGGGUACUGACGAGGAAUGAGGCAGCCAUUGGCGCCCUGGACUUCACCCCGAGCGCCUCUCGCAGCGAAGUUAUUGAUUUUAGCGCCGUGAUAGGAGAGGACCCCACGAUCAUCUUCUCCAGCGCCCCCGUCAUAUUGGUGAAGCCCUUCCUACUCCUGCAGAUCUUCUCUAAGGAGGUAUGGGCCUGCCUGAUUGCCUUGAUGGUCGUAAGCAGCCUCGCCCUCUGGGUAUUUGUGAGGGCCGAGUCGGAGAUGGACGACGGUGAUGAGACGUUCAAAUCGUUGCCCUCGGGUCUUGAGCGGAGGAAAGAGAAGAAGAAGAAGGAGAAGAAGAAGAGUCAGGGCAGCGUGUUUACAUAUUUCAUGAUGAUGUACAUGAUCCUCGUAUUGCAAGGUACCAACUUCUCCCCCAAAAGUCUACCUGGCAGAAUCGUCACCUCUCUCAUGUUCCUGGUGGCUCUGAUCAUCUGUUCGCUGUACAACGGGUCCAUCACGGCCUUCUUGGUGAUACCCUUUAAGUCAAAGCCAAUCAACACUGUGGAUGACCUGUUAUCAGCAAAGGUGACCCCAGUCGUGAGGGCUCAGACGAACAUUCAAACAAACACAGUCAACAAGAAAGAGGGGGCAUUAUACCCAGCAAGAAGCAGAGUGGCCAUCAUGACAGACGACUACGUUGCUUCUGUUGAAUUCCACGAGGCGAUGGCCAAGGGCACGUAUGCCCUAGUGGACGUGUUCAGCUCCGCCGUGGGGAGGGCCAACCAAUUCACAAAAAGGGGCGAAAAGUGCAAGUAUCACCUGAGCACUGAUAACGUCCAGGUGAACCCCGACGCCAUAGCCUUCAGGAAAAACAGCCCUUACAUAGUGCAGUGUGAUUUCAUGCAGAAUCCGCAGCUGCAGUACUUCGGCAUCAUGCAGUACGUGAAGAAGAAACACGUGACGGUCCUGUGCGAGACGGAAGUGAGCAGCGGCGGGCCGAAACCCAUGAGCCUCCUACAGACCCAAGGACCAUUCUUCGUCCUCGGAGCAGGAUACGUCUCAGCGUUUCUAACUCUCCUCUUAGAGAUCCUAUGGCGCCUUAUCCUUCGAAAUCCUAUUACCUUAAAAAGAAAUCCCUCCGCUGGGAGUAGAAAUAGGUCCUACUGAAUAGGAGUAGAGGAGGAUAAUGUGGUUCGUGAAUUACAUCAAGUAAUACGUAUUUUUGCAAAAGGAGUUUUGGUUUUCAUACGCAAUGCCCCUCUUAUGUCCAUUUUAUCAUUUAUUUUCAACUUUUUUUUCCUGUAUUCUUCGAGUCUGGGCUAUAAAAAUCAUUAGGGCUAUCUGCUCCAUUAUUUUAUAAACAAGGCGAUAUGUAUUUUCUGAAAUGAGUGUGAUCUUUUAUUCAUUUAUUUAAAUUUGUUUUGCUGUAUUCUUCGAGUCUGGGGUAGAAAAAUGCAUUAGGCUGUCUGGUUCAUUAUUUUAUAAACAAGGAGAUAUGUAUUUUCUGAUUGAGUGUAAUAAUUCCUUUUUAGUUUUUGUUCGUAUGUUUAUAUUUUUUCCCCUCUGACUAAGUGUAAUAAUUCCUUACUUUCUGUUCGUUUGAUUAUAUCUAUCCGUAAUCUUCGAGCCUGGGCUAGCAAAAGACAUGAGCCUGUCCGCUCCAUUAUUUUAUUUGCAAGAAGAUAAUAACACUUCGCUGCAAUUUUGUCUAGUAAUCCCCUGUCCUGAUUUCAUAUUGAAGAUUAUGUAAUCUCCCAUAUACAGGGUGUCCAUAAA